AUGACACACGCUGGAGAAAAAAAAAUCUAGCCAGCAGCCACUCUGCUCACGUCUGUCUUUGCCGUUAGCUACCUUCUGUAGCGUUUAAUGAUUGCAUCGUUUCACAGUAUCCUCAACAUAUAUAUAUAUAUUUUACAAUUGCAGUAACCUCUGUGUCGUUUUUAUUACUAACUCAUAGGGUUGUAAAAAAAUAUCGAAAUUCAAGUUACCUAAUCUAUCGAUUGUUUCGGGUAUUGCACAUGAAUAUCUAGCUAGCUAGCUAGCCUGCUAGCUACAACAGUCAAAAUGGCGGACAACGAGGAUGAGAGCGAUGUGUCAAGUACAACAACAGGGGCAGAUCAUGGUACAAUAUAUCAAGUUCAAUGUGUUUCUGGAUUGCCAGAAAAUGAAACCUCUACAGAAUUGGAAAACCAGAACCAAGUCGGCGAUAAAUGUAUUGAAGCGCAGGGCUUGACAGAUUUCCUGCAAAGCUGCACAAAAGAGGAGACAUUCGUUGCAAAGGACUCCCAAGUGGUUGUCGGCCAAACUGAUGGAAAUGAACAACAACCUGAACAAAACAUAACGUCUAUUGUUGGGACUUCAGGUAUUGCAAAUGGUGCAGAGUAUUCUACAGUCAGUGCUGACUUUGUAAACGCUCUCGCACCUGGAACCACCAUUAUUUAUGUGCAACCAGACGGUAGUUUUGUUGAGGGAUCAGGUCUGACUGCAGAGGAGCAGCAACAGCUAGUGGAGCAGUUGGCCAAACAGCAGCUUGUUACAGUGACAGAGAGUGAGGCUGUUCGCCUGUUUGAACAAAAUCAAGUAAUCAAAACACUCCCUACUACUUCAUCACAGACACAGUAUACGAUUCCAAGUACAGCACUGGCUCCCAAUGAGCUGCAACAAGUGCUAGAGCAAGUGAUCAAAUCUCAGCAAUCCAUGGCCCAGACACCCAAGGAAUCGGAGCAGGUUGUGACCACUCUGGACCCCACAACUGGCUUGUUCACGACUGUUGCAGCUUCAGAGAUUACAGUAGGAAGCCCACAUCCACUGGUCACUAUGCAGAAUGCAUCACAGCAGCUGAAGAAGGUCGCGAAACAAGUGGCACUUCAGUCCCACAAUGGUACGCGCCUGGUCCCGAAAAAGCAGGAAACCAUCCGAAUCCAAGUCCAGAUGCCCUCUGGAAAGCAGGAGGUGAAAGGACCUACGCAGGCUACCAUUUCAAUCCCCCAACAGAAGAACUUGGCUUUGACGAGUCAAGGCCAGCAGGUCAAAGUGUCUACAAAUGGCAGUGUGAGCAGCAGCCCCCAGAUCAUCCACAUCACACCCAUGGUUGGACAGCAACAGUACUUCCUACAGCAGAACCCUGGAGACCCUCCCAUUCAGCUGCUUCUGCAGAGUUCAACCCCUGUGGUUGGCAGCCUGGUUCCCAUUGUGCACAAACUGCCCAUACCUGUUCAGACCCCAGUCCAGCAGCCUUCUGGUAAGGCCCCGGUCAACGGCACAGCAGUUAAACCUGCCACCGCUGCUGCCACCACGACUGUCUCUGUCCCAGCCUCCACAGUGGAAAAAGUUAAAAGGGUCAAAGCCAGAGUGAAGAAGGCACCGAAUAUCAAAACCCGUUCCGGGAGGGUGUCCAGACCGCCCAAGUACAAGGUGAAGGACUAUAAGUUCAUCAAGACAGAGGAUUUGGCCGAGGGCCAUCAGUCAGAUUCUGAUGAUUACUCUGAGAUCAGUGUGGAGGAAGAUGAGGAUGGCGGGGAUAGUAAAAAGGGAGCAGCAUCUAUGAGUUACAGUCACAAGAGGAAGGCCUUUCAAUGUGAAACGUGCGAUAAAGCUUACAUAGGCCACGGAGGUCUGUCCAGACACUACAGGCUGAAUCCCUCUCACGGUGAACUGAAAUCCCCUCCUGAAGGGACCCCAAAAACGGACAGCCCUGGUAAGAGAGCAGGCACUGGGGCUGAACAUAAGAAGCCAACUGAAGAGAGUAAUGCCUACAGUGUUAAAAAUACAUCAGGUCCUGAGAAAAGUGAUGCCACAGAGACAACGGCUGCUGCAACUUCAACCACUCAACAAAAAGUGGAUACCACGGCAGCCCAAGGAGUAGCAGCUUCUACCAGACAGGCAGUGGGCCAGGUAGUAGUCCAGGCUCGGGGACCAGGGAGGCCCAGAGGACGGGGCAGACCACCUACCAAAGGCCUGCCGACGGUGGCAGCACACCCAGCAGUGAGACGGGGGCGACGGGGCCGACCCCCAAAGCUAGGAGGGGGAGUAGCCAGUGUGGAGCAGCAGGCCCAGAGAAGGAAAGCACGGCUGAAAGAGGUGACACACGAGUGUGAUAAUGAAGAACUGAUGGAGACUGUGCUCCCUCGCCUGGCUAAGGUCAUGACUGUCUGGGAGUUCCUCUUGAUGAAGGUGGAGAAGGGGCGGCAACCCAAAGCCCAGUUUUCGGAUGUCUACCGGGAGUUUGAGCAGCUCCACAGCCAGGUGAAGAAGAUGGCCCGGGACUAUAUCAGUAACCCUCAGCAAGGUGUCCACACGGCCUUGGAGGUCCACAAUGUAGAUGUUGCCAAAUCUCUUGGCAUCGUCGAUGAGGUGAACAGGUUGAAAGUCCUCAACCCUCCAACGCAGCAGAAUGUCACCAACAUGGCAACCAAGAAUGUCCGCUACAUGGAGAAUUCUAAAAUGUUACCUCCAACGAAGAGAUUUAAAAUGGAAAACCGGGUUGGUGUUCAAAUUCAUCAGAACGGCGUUGAGACUUCCAAAAUAGAAUCCAGUGAGGCCAAAGUAGAGAACACCGCAUCAACAAGCAUGAAGAACAAUUCACCACAAACUCAGGCCCCCACCAAGAGCCCCGCGGACCCUCAAGCCACUCCGACUGCUAUCGUCAAACCACAGGUUGUCUCAUCUAACCCAGAGACAAAUGUAACACCCAUGGAACUGAUCCAGGAUCACUUAUCCAACAGCAUGACAGAGUCAAUUGACUCAGCGGGAGGAGAGGAGACCAUGGAGACAGGUCAGGAUGCGUCUGGUACGGAACCAACCGAGGUCCUGAGCACCAGUGACAUGGGCCCUCAAGCCACUCAGACUGCUAUCGUCAAACCACAGGUUGUCUCAUCUAACCCAGAGACUAACGUAACACCCAUGGAACUGAUCCAGGAUCACUUAUCCAACAGCAUGACAGAGACCGUUGACUCAGCGGGAGGAGAGGCCAUGGAGACUUGUCAGGGUGUGUCUGGUACAGAACCAACUGAGGUCCUGAGCACCACUGACAUAGCAGAUCAGAUGAAAGAGUUAGAGAAGGCCUUGGCCACCGACCCAGUCCCAGUAGAUCAGCAGCCCAGGAGUAGUAGCACUCAGCCGCAUCAGCCCAACUGUACCCUGGUCCAGGAGAGUGGCCUGACCCAGGCUGUCUCCAGCGGAGGCCAGGUAGUGGUUCAGGAGACCCAGGAAGGCCAGGAGAUCUACAUCCAGACCGAGGGGCUCACCAUGCACCUAGCAGAGGGCCUGGAGGGCGACAUGGCCUCUGAGCGCAUCGUCAUCGUCAACGGGCCUGACGGCACCACCAUGCACAUCCGCGCCCCUGAAGGAGUCCCUCUGGAAGCAGUCCAUGCCCUGCUUGGUAUUGAGGCUGAGGGGAAAACACAGCAGUGAUUUGUUGUUUCUCCAUAUUCAACCCCCUCAACUUCACCCAUAUUGAUUUCUUACUUCUGGUGGAUUUUAUUGUAUUCCAAGUGUUCUUUAUGAAUUUGUAAACAUUAUUUUCGAUGUGGUGUUUUCAUAUUUAGACAAAUUAAUAGCCCUUCCUUAAAAGUGUUUAGUUGUUUGUGAUAUGUUUAUAUGUAGAUAAAUAUCAAAAGCAGUUUAAAAAAAGUUGCACUAUUUUAUUACUUUUUAUAUAUUUGGGUGUAACAUUUUCCAAACAUAAAAUAGGUUUGUAAUACCAUGGGACAUUUAUUCAAUGGAGGGGAAACUUUAAAAGAAAUUGUAAAAGUUGUGGUUUUAUUCAUUUCCAUGUUUCAUUUGUGAUUCAUUGUUGCAGUACAACCAUUUCAUAUACUGUACAGUUUAGCUCAUUUUCCUCUUAAUAAAGAAUGUGAGAACAAA